GGCGCCGGCCAGCGGGGAAUGGAGACGGUGCCUCCCUAGCCCGAGCGGUUUACCUCGUCUCUGCACCCCUAGGCGGCGCUGCGCCCCUCCGCACCGGCCAGCUUGGCUUUCCCAGACGGCUGCCAAACCUCCAGUCGGGCGAGCGUAGCUUCCAGCCAGCCGGGCCCGGGCGAUCCCAGUAUAUUCGGGAGGCAGGUCGGCGGUCGGUGCACCUGUAGCUCGCUGUGGCGGGCGGCUGGCUCUCGCUCUCGGACGGUUCGCGCUCUCCGGGAGUCCGGAGCCUGGUCCUGGGGGAGCGAGGACGCCGAGAGGGAGCAUGGUGGGCUGGAGGGUGGCGGUUCUCGGUCUGUGGGUGUCCUGCGGUUCUGACGCCAGACGGCUGGAAUACUCAGCGUUGGAGGAGACUGAGCGGGGCGUAGCCGUGGGCAAUGUUUCCGCGGACUUGAAGCUGUCAGCGGCCGCUCUGACCGGGAGGAACUUUCGCUUCCUUUCCAGCCACCGCGAGCCCUACUUCGGGGUGGAUCUGGCCAGCGGUAGCUUGGUAGUCCUAGAGCCCGCGGACUGCGAAGCUGUGCGGCUGUGCGGGACCAAAGCUGUCUGCGUCUUGACCUAUGAGCUGGUGCUCGAGGACCCGCUGGAGCUACACACGAUGCGAGUUCACGUCGUGGACAAUGGCAAGUCGCCUCUUUUCCCUGCCGGCGACGUGCAGCUGCACAUCCCCGAGUUCCUGAUGCCCGGAGCCUGCUUUACCCUCCCUAAUGCCCAAGAUGCUGACGAGGGAAGCAACGGGGUCCUAAGCUAUAGUCUGAGCCCCAGCCAGCGCUUUCACCUGGUGAUGGGAUCGCGGGUCGACGGCAGUGAAUACCCGGAGUUGGUAUUAGAGAAAGCGCUGGAUCGGGAGCAGCGCGCCACCCACCAGCUGGUGCUCUCCGCUGAGGACGGUGGGCAGCCCGCGCGCUCCGGAGACGCACUUACCAUCGUAGUGGUGGAAACAAACGACAAUGCGCCGGUAUUUAAGCGCACAGUAUACCGCGCCACGGUACCAGAGACUGCACCCCCGGGACUGUGUUAUUACAGGUUCAGGCCUCAGACCGAUGAAGGCUCCAAAGGAGAAAUCCGGUACUCCUUAAGCAGUAGCACGCAAGCAAGACUGCGGCACCACUUUCAUAUGCACCCUAGAAACGGGGAGGUGCGGUUAGCUGCUUCACUAGGUUCACCUGAAACCUUGUUGGAGGCAUACAUUGAGGCGAAGGAUAAAGGCACCUUCGCUUUAGCUAGUACAGUCAAACUGUUGGUGGAAGUGACUGUGAAUGAUCAUGCCCCUGAGGUCAAUCUCCUGAGUCUCUCCAGUUCAGUUUCUGAGGAUGCUGUCCCCGGCACAGCGAUCACUCUUUGCAGUCUAAGGGGUGAGGAUCUUGGUCCCAAUGAUAAGGUCAUUUGUAGCAUGUCCAGUGGAGGCCCUUUUAAGCUGAAGGCUUCCUUUGAUAACUACUACAGCUUGCUGACUGAGGGGCCCCUGGACCGGAAGCAGGUCAGCGAAUACCAGGUCCUGAUCACUGAGUCAGAUAGUGGCUCACCCCCAUUGAGCACCCACAGGACACUAACUGUGUUUGUUGCUAAUGUGAAUGACAAUUCACCAAGCUUUGCUCAACCACAACAGGAACUUUUUGUGGCUGAAAACAAUGGUCCUGGGGCCUGUCUAGGCUGACUGUUUGCCCAAGAUCCUGACCUGGAGAAGAAUGGCCUUGUCUUCUAUGAGCUGUUGGAUGUUAUCUCUGAAAGGCAGACAGCCUCUAGCUUGAUGGCAGUAGAACCAUCCAGCGGGGUUAUCACUGCCAGAACUCCUUUUGACUUUGAGCAGCUCAAGGGGUUUCACUUCCAAAUGGAAGCCCAGGAUGGUGGCAUUCUUCCCAGAAGUACAACAGUGACUGUGAAGUUGUUUGUGGUAGAUAGGAAUGACAAUGCUCCAGUCCUCUUGUUUCUCUUGCCCAGAAAUGGCUCUAUUCCUGUGGAAAUUGUGCCCUGCUCUGCCAGAACUGGACACUUGGUCACAAAAGUGGUAGCAGAGGAUGCAGACAGCGGUUCUAAUGCUUGGCUUUCCUACCAUAUUUCUCAGGCUUCUGACUCUAGCCUUUUCAGAGUUUCCUCUAGUAUGGGAGAGCUCCAUACCGCCCGCUUAAUUCUUCCCACUGAUGGAAUGAAACAGAGAGUGGUGGUAGUAGUUAGGGACCAUGGAGACCCACCACUUUCCUCUUCCAUCACAUUGGGUAUACUAUUGAGCAACUGUGCACCUCAGGUCCUUCCAGACUUUGAAGAUACCUGGGAAACAGAAGGCCACCUUUCUACCCAGAACCUGUAUUUAGUAAUUGCCCUGGCCUGUAUUUCCUUUUUAUUUCCGGGGUGCUUGCUUUUCUUUGUGUGUAUCAAGGUGAAUAGAACCCCAGUUUGUGGUUCUCAAAGCUGCUGUCACUCUCCAGAGGGACUGAGGUAUGGGAGGAAGAUGGCUUCGAAUCCUUGUAUGACAUCAGUGACAAUAGAUGUCACUACAGUUGAGAGACUCUCUCAGACCUAUCUCUAUCAGGCAUCUCUAGGACUUGGUUCUGACUAUAACAGUUUGCUAUUGUGUGGGGAAUACAGUGCUGCUGACCUGAGAAAUCUGGCUGCUGAGGUAGGACUGACUUUGCCAGUAUCCUGCAUUCACAUUCGGAAUAGGAAAGGGGAUACCAUAAAUGUCAAUGCCAGGUUAAGCACAUUUUUGGGGAUUUGAUUCCCUUGGCCAGGAGACGACUGCUAGCUAUGUUCUGAAGUGCUUCUUAGGU